GGCGUAGUCGAAGCAGGAUACCCGCCGUGAGAGUGUUGUCCUUCCAGAUAAUAGUCUGAAACUUUCUGUGUGUACCUCCUGGAGUUGCAAGAAGCGAUACUUUUGAUAACUUAGACGUGAGCACCUCUCCAGGAAGAUCGCUUCAUACUCUGAAACUUUACUAUUUAUGUGUGUACCUCUCGAGGAUGUAUGAAUUUUGUCUAAUUGCAUUUAUUUAAUACGUGUGUGCCUCCUCGGGAAGUUCUCUCUGCAUUUUGUGGUUUAAGGAACCUCUCUACGUGUGCGCCUCUUGGGGAAGUAAGACACACGUUUUUUGACUUAAAGAACGUGUGUGCCUCUCCAAGAAGUUUACUCACUUUGCUGAAAAUUGUUUAUGUAUGCACCUCUCGAGGACGUAUGAAUCUUGUCUAAUUGCAUUUAAUACGUGUGUGCCUCCUCGGGAAGACCUCUCUGCAUUUUGUGACUUAAGGAUCUUGCAACUUAAGUGUGAAAUUUGAACCUCUUUCGUGCGUGCCUCUUGGAGAAGUGAGGAAGUGAUACACGUUUUUUGACUUAAAAAACGUGUGCGCCUCUCCAAGAAGUUUAUUCACUUUGUUGAAUCCUAGAAAGUGUUGUUUUAGCUUAAAAUUAACUGCGGGUUUUGAAACCGAAGUGUGCCUUGCUUUGGUGUGGUGUUUGCAGUUUUUUGUGUGGCUUCGCAGGGAAGUUGGGAGCGAUUUUAAGUUGGUUUAGCCUCUUUGUCCUUGUGCUUUCCUCAACAAAGGGAGGCACGAUCGGAACAUUUACAUUUCUUUAGGUGUGGUGUGCCUCUGUGGGAGAGGCGAUAAGGAGUUAUUUGUACUUUUGAAUAGGAGUACCUCCUCCUCUCUCAGUGUAUAUCUUUCUGCGUAUUUAGAAAUGAGCAACAGUAUGGCCAGUAUGAAAAGUGAAGAUGUAUUAUUUGAUCUUUUAGAAAAGCAUGGUGCUCGGCCUUCUGUAUCAGGGGUGGAUUGGGCACGACAGAACUGGUAUAAUUUGCAAAGUGUUUCAGACCGUAUUCGUGUUUUACAAAAUGAGGCUCGUACUCGGGCCGGAAAAGGGAAAUCUUUUAUUUGUGCAGUACUCGGUGCUGCUUUAAAAGCAGCUGUGGAGUUCCGAGAGGAAAAGAACUCUACGGAAACCCAGACUAUUCAAGCAUUACAGGAAUCGGUUAAAGUGACGCAAGAAUUGGUAAAAUCUCUGCAAAGCCAAAUAACGAGUCUUGAGGAUCAAUUAGAAAGAGAAAAACAUAAUUCGGUUCUGUUGCAAACAGCUUUUAAGGAGCUGAUAACGUGUAAGGACACCGGUGACACUGUUGCUCACAGUGCACCUCAAGAAAAAGUUUAUCCUCAAGGGAAAUUACAAGAGGUGAAGGAAAGGCUAGAUAAAUUAGAGGCCUCUCCAGCACACAUUCGUCCUUUGAUAAAAACUGAAUAUACUUUCGAUAACAGUGAGGAUCUAGAUCCUCAAUUGAAUGUUAAGGAAAUUCCCUUUUCGGCCACUGAACUGGCCACACUGAAAAAGGAUUUCAGCCGCUCCCCAAAGGAGUCUGAAACAGAAUACGUCUGGAGAGUUAGUCUCACUGGCGGAGACCAGAUCCUACUAACAGAGAAAGAAGCUGAAGGUUAUUGGGGACCAGGAGUAUUUUUAACCACUGGCAAUAAUCGUGCUCCCUGGUCCUUAACACAGAGGGCUGCCUAUUGGGCAGGGGGUCUCAACCCUUUAGAAAGGGGGGACCCUCUUGCUAUUACCGGAACAAUCGACCAGUUAGUGGAGAAUGUUCAGAAAGCUGCUUGUCUCCAAAUGAUGUAUGAUAGAAAGUUGCAGCUACAUCAUGAAUCACCCAUGAUGUUACCUGUUAAUCCGGAGAGACUGACACCUCUAAUCAGGGGACUUCCUGAAUCGUUAAAACCUAUAGGUAUACAACUCCAAGGAAAGAUACAAGCCAUGUCUCAGGGAGAGAGAACCUGGGCAGCGUUGGAGGGAUCUGUAACUCCUAACCACCAGUCAGGAUCUAAAGUGUGGACUUGGGGAGAGGUUGCCCAAGAAUUAAUUAACUACGGAAGAAAAUAUGGGCCGGUGGUUUCUACCUCCAGUAAAUUUGAGCCAAGAGGAGUAAGGCUUGCAGUAGCCAACCUUACCUCCAGGCCACCUAGCCCAAAACUUAAUGAAACCAAAAAGGUUUCAUCCCCAGUAAAAACGGGGACACGAUGCAUUGAUCAUAAACGCAAUGGACUUUGGACUCUGGGCUGGAGAAAGGGUAUUCCACGAGAUUUGAUGAAUGGAUUACCCACAGUCAGAUUAGAGAAAUUAGUUAACUGCUGGCCAGAACAAAAGCUCAAGGGGAGCUGAUGCCUUCGCCCCCCCCCUCCCAGGUGAGCGGGAGGUGGGUGGGGGGUGAAGGGUGGAUGUUUAUUAGGAAGCUCACGACUAAAGGAAACAAUUUGUUAAUUACUUGUUUAUUUAUUAUUAGUGGUUAUUGUCAAAUGUACGGUUGUCUCUUUUCUCUCUUCUAUUCAUUAUGUAAUAUUCAUGUUACCACUCCUGAAGAAUCACGGGGUGGUGUCUAUGGCAAGUUGCAUUGUGUACUGUUGCAACUCUUAUGUUUGUAUGAUUCCAUGUUUUAUACAAGAUGUAUCCCCUAUUUACUUUGUAACCAAACCUGAAAAAUGUUUGUAAUGAUUGUAUGAAACAUUUGAUUCCACGACCCCUCCCUCCUUUACCCUUGUGCUUGCUAUCUUCUCUCACCACCAUGGAUGCCCAGUGUCCAAUUUUUAAGCAACCUUUGAGUCACGGGGUGGUGUAAGAGACUAUUCUUUUAUAUCAUUGACUCAAAGUUUGCUGAGGAACAAGUCCAGGCAAGUCCUGGGCAAAGGCAGAGAAAUCUUUUGUCUUGAGGACACUGAUGGACAGGUCCUGGCUAAGGAUUGUGAAAUCCUUUAAGGAGCACAGAUGGACAAGGCCAGGGGCAUCGAGAGAGAGAUAAGCUGCCGCUAAUGGCCGGGAAACGGUCUUUUUGUGUGGACUUAUCUCAAGGAAAAUGGCCAUCUCAGGAGGUAUGCACAUGACUCUUGCUCAAGCACCCAGGAAUGUCACGUAGGCAGCAGAAGAUGGAGGAUAAAAGAGGGUCCAAUAACCACAACGGGGGAAGCUGAUCCUUCACCACAACCACGGCAACGGUAGAGGCUGAUCUCUCACCACGACAGACUUGAGGGGUUCUCUCUGCCAACUGAUCUCUCACCGCAACGUGUAGACGGAUCUCUACGUGGAGACUGAUCUCUCACCACGACACGAGCUUCCUGCCUUCCGAUCCUCCUCUACGGACCGUUUGCUGACGGACUUCCCUGGGCCUGCUACCUGAGACCUGCUGCUUCCUCCCUGGCCUGCAUCCUCUCGCUGCCCCAGACCGGCCUCGCUGCUCCUGCCCUUCGGCCUCGGACCGUCGGAACGUCGUGCAACGGGACUGCUGCCGGAUCCUGGUGGUGACUAUCCCCGCUUUACGCAAUUCUUGCCUCUUUCUAUCUUUUCUAUCGCUCGCCUUCCCUUCCCCAUCACCCCAAUCCUUAACAGCGUCCGUCCUCCCCUUUCCCCAUCUCCCUUAUUAACAUUUGUAAUAAACUGGUCGGACCAACAUUUGAACCGCUGUUUCUUAAUCUCACGCCGGGCAUACAUAUUUCAAAGAACCUCUUCUCCCUCCUAUAAAUUGGAGCGAGACAACAAGGUACCCGUACAAUUCCUUCUCUUCAUUUUUCACAUCCCUCACACAAUGUAGUUCCAUUUGUGCCUUUGCUUUCCUGAUCCCAUCACAGCAUGUCAGGAUGGCAUCUUUGUAUUCAUCCCAGUCCAUAUGUGUCUGCUUCCACUGACUGAACAUAUCCUUAUUUUUCCCCAGUUUGACCAGCAAGUCCUUGCUCCGCCAUACUGAUUUUCUGCCUCCUCUGUUUUUUUCUUUCCUAUGCUGGGGGACAGAGUGCUCCAGUGCUCUCAAAAAAGCUUCCUUAAAGAAUUUCCAGCUCUGCUUUGCUCCUUUGUCUCUAAGGACUGCUUCCCAGGUAAUAUCAUCCAGAAAUUCCUUAAAUAACCUGAAGUUCACUCACCUGAAGUUCAGGGUCUUCACUUUGCUUUUUGCCAGGCCUGUCUUCUGCAAGAACACAAACUCUAUCAGGACAUGGUCACUACAGCCCAGAGUACCUCCAGUCUUAAUCUGCAUAAUGAGUUCCUCUGCAGUGGUGAGUACUUUGUGGACUUCGUUCUCCCAGUCCAAAACAAAUUAGUUUUUUGUCUCCUACUUGACAUCUAUUUUGUACAGCCUCAGUUUAAGGAAAAAAACAUCUACUGUUUAGCCCUUUAUUUUUUUCUACUUUACCUAAAUAGGCUCUAGAAUGCAAUGAAACUCUUCAGAAAUUUCUAAAGUAGACAAAUUCAUAGACUGCUUGUAAAAAUGGCUGUAUGAUUCCAUCCAUAUCUUUGAAAAUUUGCACUCAUUUAAAGCAACUCAAACUUGAUCAUCUUUCUGAUGACUCACUGUACUUAAACUUAUUGAACUACUCCCAGUGAUUUCUAUAUUCAGCCAAAUCUCUCAGCCCUCAGAUGAAAAGCGCUUACCAGCUUGAGGUGUCUGAAGUCCAGCAGUAGCAAUUCUCCGUACUGUGAAUGAGAUUCAUCUCAUCUAACUGAUUAAUCUGGAUUGUUAUAUAGGCUUUCCCGUAUAGUCAGUGGACAGGACAGGAGCUUUCAGACAGGAGUUAAAUCUGUUGUAGACACCAGAGAAUUAACAUAUCUCUCCGUAUGUUUUGAAACAGUCUAGGGGAAUGUCUUAGUUAGGAUGACUAACUUCUAAAGCUGUAAGAUUAAAUCCAUACUACAGAUGAAAACAAAACAAAACAAAACAACAACAACAACAACAACAAAAAAAAAACCAGCAAUAUGGGAACACUAAGAAAUCAGUGGUCCAAAAAAUGAAUUCUUAAAAAUCUGCCAAAAAAUAUAUUACAAAUGUAUUUAUGUUCAUAUUUUGUCACAGCAGAUUUCAUGUCAAAGUCCCAUGGUGAAAGCAGAAAUAAUAUUUUUAUUAUAUCAACAAUAAGCUAUUACUCUCAAGUGGCAAUCCAGUCUACUUACAGUGUAAGAGAACUACACAGUAUAGCAGUAGAAACAUAUUCUGUAUGGUACGUGGGCUACACAGGCGGAGAACAGAGUCUCAGAACUCUCCAGCAAUGCCAUAGAAAAGACUGCUGACCAUGCUAAAGAUAUAUAUUUUUUCAACAUUUUUACAUUUAAAAGUAUGAAUAUAAACCAGUAUAACCACAGGUCUGUAAGAUCCUGGUUGUCUAUUAUAUAUACCUUAGAUGUGUUAGACCCCGUGUCAGCAUGGGUCUACUCUGUGUUUGAUCACUAAAACCACUUAAGAGUAUUAGGCAUAAUUCCACAAUUCAUCUAAUCUGUGCUGGAGUUUAAUGUAAAGCCUGUUAUGUUCAAAACAUCCAUCUUUUUUCCAGUGCUUUGCACAUUAGGAUGACUAAUUUUAAAUUUAGCUCUUCCAUCUAACAUGCAGCAUAAGUAAGAAAGUUGAAAUAUUAAAGUGCACAGAUCAUUUAAAAAGGGUUUAUAUAGGAAAAUAUUAAGUGGUAGGAAAAAAGAAAUAUACUUUCUGCCAUUUUAUCUUUAUUAUGUUCACAGAAAUUACAAAGAUAUCCCUGGUAUUCUGUUUUUACCAUUGAGACUAAAGGUUAAAGACUAAAUUCAACAAAACAAUGUUGAUGGCUAAAUGAGCAGGACUUAACAUGCUAAAAGGAUACUAGGUAUUUAAAUGCCUUGCAGAGGAGACUAAGCCUACACAGCCAAGAGAAAACAAUUUCCCAAGCUCCCUGAGGCUUAUCGUUAGUCUGGAAAAAAACAUAAUUUGAAUUUUUCCUUCCAUAUUGUCCAUCUGCCCACUGAGAGGGCCACGAAUAGUAAUAGGUAUCUCAAGAUAGUCACAUUGUUCCAGUUGUUCUUCAUGAAUUUUAACUAAUGCACAAAAGGCCUAAGAUUGCCAUGAAUUUAGACCGCUUCUAGUUUUCUAGUUUUCUUAAUGGUUGCUCCCCCAUACUGGCUACUUUGCUGUCAGUCAAUGUGCUAGGUGCUCCUAGAACUGUUGGGAAGGCUUUCUCUGCAGGCUUUGUACUCCUUCAGGAUGGAAUCAGUCACACAUAGGAAUUUAUUAAGUUUUCGGUGAAAAAGAUAGACUUCUCAAAUAAAGACUUCUCCCUUUCUUUCAAGUUGACAGUGGAUAACUGAACAUCUUUUUUAGCUGAGGUACUUUCAUCCCCCCAUAACAGACUGUAAUGCUGGGUUAGUUGUCUGGCACUCACAGUACAGAAAUGUGUUCUUGAAUGUUCCAGCCAAAAACAAAGUGAUCAGUAAAGAAAUAUUUGCUUUUUUAAGAUUUUUUUUCUUUUUGCAUUUACUUAAAGGGAGCUUAUUUUUCAUGCAUCUAAUCUUCAGUUAAAAAAAAAAAAAACGACAACUCUGAAAAUAUCUUGUUGGAAAUAACACUGGAAUUCCUCAGUCUGUUUAAACUUGUCACCAUCGGUUGUUCAUAGUGAUAGAUUUCCUAAUGCUCACCAGGCACUCACACUUUUUGUGUUUGUUGGAGUGUGCAUCUUGUAAUGUUCACAGCUGCACUAAUUCAAUCAUUCCUAUUUUUGCUACUGAUUCACAAAGACUUCACAGUAUGGGGGAGAAUGAGGAGAGUGAAUUGGUGAUGCUGAUUUCAUCCAAGCAUUCUUUAAAGAUUCAUAAAUACACAGAAAGCUUAAUCUCACCACUUUCCUGAAGAAAUGCCUUCUUCAUUAAAAGUCCUUAGAGGAUACUGUGCUUGAGGACAACAUUGUGAAUCAAAUACUCAAUGAACAGGAGAAAACUGGAUGUAGUUUGCAGCAACUAUCCGGGGAGGAAACUGUCCUUGCACUUUUAUUUUCCUAAAAAUUAUUCUGAAGGUUGUCGUUUCAUCCGACUAAGAGCAGGAAAAUGAUAUUUUCUUUAUUUUAUACAUGGAUAGAAAAACAUGUUAUUUAGAUCUAGUUAUGAUCUAAAUUUGAUCUGAUGAGGGCUAAGAAAAUCAGUGAUCUCUAAGCGCAAGAAAUACAUGGACCACAUCGUAGCUACAGUAUAGUGUGAGAUACAACAAAUUCUUGGAAUUCCUCUGGACUUAAUUCCAUUUUUUUGGUUACUUACUUAUGAAAGAAUUUAUAUGUGAGGUAAAAGGGAGAGGAAUACAGAACUCCAUCCAAAAAUGAUACCAAACUUACUGUGAAAUGUCAAACAAACCUGCGUAUUAUCGGUACCAAGCACAAGUCAAUGUAAACAUGCAUAAUAAAUUAGUAAUUGUCAAAUUAAAACCAGUAACUUCUACUGUCUUAUUUAGGAAACUCAGGCUACAACAUUUGAAAUUAAAAAAAAAGGAAAUAUAUCUUAAUUAAAACUGUCUAAAAAUGUCUAAAAAAGCUGGAUUAUUUUUCCCAAGAUUCUCAAACAAUAACCUUUUCCUCAUUUUCUUUUAGCAUGUAAAUCAUUAUAAGAUUUAAAUGCAAAAUAACCUUUAAGUGAGCUGGAUUCAGCCAAGGACUUAAUAAAAACAAACAAACAAAAACAAAAACAAAAAACAGGAGAGCAAUAAAUAGGAAAGAUUCAUCAGAAAUCCAGGAAUAAGGAAGGAAAAGACCUUGGAGUAGCUGGAGUAGCUGUUACUCGAGGCUUUCAAAGACAGGUUAGUAAGCGACAGCAUUUGUCAACAGUGACUCAGGUAUAGAUGAUUCUGUUUUCAAUAUGGAGUUUGCAUUAGUUAUUUAUGUUAUAUGUUAUUUCCUGACCUCUUUUUCUAGGAAUUCAUGAAUUCAGACUUGAAAAUGAUCUGAGUUAUCAUGUAAUAAUAAAUGCUGAAAUGUUUUCCCACAGUGCUGUUUGUUUUGCAUCUGUUACUACUUCAAACCUGGUAUUGGAGCACUUGAGAGCCUGAUUUCCCACACAGCUCUCAGGACAAAAGAAAUAUGUCAGGAAACAGAAUGUGGUUCUGUGAUACCAAAUCACCACCAAUGGAAAAGAAGGGAUCUAGUUUUUAGAUUAAUGUUAUGCAUUAGCCUUGAAAGAAUGUACAAGAACAGAGUGACAUCUCAGGAAAUCUCUCCUCUAUGGUGACCCUUGGAUGAGGUAUUGUCCUUGCUCUCUCUGUACCUCACAGAGGAAUGUAACAGAUAGAAAAAAUGAGCUACACUACUCUCUACUGAGAUAUUUACUAUAAAUGAAUAUAAACUCUUUCAGACUUUCUAAGAAAAAGCCUUAUUUUCCUUAUGUUAAGUUACAUUUACAUGAAAUAUGCUCCUCCAUUUCUAACCCCAUUUUUUCCCAGGACUUUGGAUAUUUAUGAAGCUGCAUAAAUAAGACUAUAUGGAGAUUGAGCAUUCCUUUACACAAAACCAGUGGUGGAACUGACAGAAUAUUUUUACCCUUUGGUGACUGCUGUGAAGAAUUGCAAAUAUAAUUUGCCCAGAGGGCAAAAUGACUCCUGAAAAACCUGGUAGUUUCAAUACUUUACAUGUGGAAAAUAAAUAAAUAAAUAAAUAAAUAAAUAAAUAAAUAAAUAAAUAAAUUAAAUUUACAACAUGAGGAGGAAAGUCUAGGUUUUGUGAUGCUGCUGUUAGCUCUUACCCUUCCCCAGGCACUUUUCCUGCUGCCAUUUGGGAAGCAGAUGAGUAUCCCUAGUGAGUCACAAAGUACAUUUACAACAAUCACCAUCAGUGUUAGGCUUUUUAAGAUGACAGCCUCACAUAUUCUUUCAUGUUGUCCUUAUUCGUUAGAAUCCAGGGGUAAAGAACAGCAUGAUACAGAUAUGUGUAUAGCAAUAAAACUGUGAUUUUUUUUCCUUUCCUGUGUUACACCUUUAAAUGCCUACAACUUCCCUGCAACUAUCUUCCGGUUCUCUAGAGUUCUAUCUAAGCAUCACGGAAAGAGUUCAGCUGCCAUUUUAUUCUCACAGUUGCUGCUGCCAGGAUUUAAAGGACACAAAUCAUGUGCUCACUCUUGAGCUGCUAAUUUAGAGCUGGUACAAUGCUAGCAACAGGGUAAGUUCCCCUGUAGUCAGGACUCGGGAAUUUUCACUCUGUGUUAUGAAAACUCCGUUCUUUUCCAGAGAGUGCUACGACUUAGAAUCUUGCUAAUAACAGCGCUGAAAAUUUGGCACCAGGUUUGCUCAUGCAGAUGCAGCCACAGAGACUUUGCUUUUGUGCUUCAUUAGCGCUAUUUUUCUUAAUUCAAAAAUAAGUCAUUCUACAUCGAACGUAAAUGUUUUAUGCUUUGACUGCAGAAACAAUGGGAUGACAAAGCAGGACUAAUCGCAUUUUCAGGAACAAUAACUGAAUAGAUUUACUCAGCAUGCAUACAUUUUAAAAGACAGUUUUGUAAGUGCAUUUUACUAGAGGGCAGUAAAACCUUCUGCUUCACUGAGCAGAUCCUGUGUCCAAGUCUUCAUUUACACCCCUGUGUGGGCUGUAACACUGCAAACUUAGAUUUUAGUGCACUUGCCUCCCACUUUCGUCUUCUCCAAGCCAUUAAAGUUUAUCUGAAGAAUAACAUUACAUCUGCAUUAAGCUAGAAACAAUCUUGCUGCUUGUAGGCAUCUUCUGUGUUCCUGCAGUCUCAGUUAAACUAUGUACCUGAAUGCAUUUGCUUGUUCUUACUUUUCGUGGAUUGUUUGGAUUCUUUUGUUUGAGGAUCUUUUUAUUAUUUUUUUGUAAAAUUGAAUUUAUUUUUGAAAGGAAAGAUAUCUGUUAACUUGCUUUAAAUAUUACAUAGUAAGUAUAGGCAUCAGUUCUCCUUUUCUGCACCAUUCGAUGUUGAAAAACAAACAAGCAAGGAAGUCCCUUUUUACAAUGGCAGCUUACUGCCAUUUGUAUCUCAGCUCUAAAACAUAUGACAGUUUUAUUCAAAUACGGAUUUUCUGAUUAAGAGACUUACAAUAAAUAGAUUCCCCACGUGAAUGGGGCAUCCACAGUUAUCCAUGAUAAACUUCUAUUGUUAAGAUAUUUUACAUAUUAUGCAAUAUCCAGCAUUGCAUUUCAAAUGUAAGUGUAUUCAUUAACAGGAAAAAAAAACAAAAAAACAAAAAACCAGUGUUAUUAACAGGAAAAAAUAUUUUCGAAGCAUUCAGUUUCUUAGCAACUGCUUCAGGUAUUAAAAUUUCUUUUACUCUCUCACACACACAAAUGAUACUGCUUACUACAGUACAUUAGAUCAGCGUGCUUUGUGUAAAGGAUUUUAACAGUCAAGAGAUGUGACUGUGUUUAAGAUUCCUUUUUCCAGUCACUAGUUCAUUGUCAGCAGCAGCUACAGAGCAGCUUUAUGUGCAUUCAGAGACAGCCAGGAAAUUAGUUCUGCAUGACUGACUCAGUACUGUAGCACUGAGAACAACUCUCACCCAUUUCCUUAAACAAUUGUUUAUUUCUUGGUGUGAUAACAAUGUUAAAUAUCACAAUUCUCAAGGAAAAGAUCUCAGAGGCUUCAUUUGCAUUCAAGGUAAAAGAAGUAAAAGCAAAGCAAAGUCCUAGCUUAUUUUAUGUAUUAGAAGAGUUAGGUCUUAAAAAAAAAAAAAAAGAUAAGAAAAAAAGUCAUUAUUUAGAGUUCAGAGUAACUCCUAAUAGCUUGUUCAGUGUUUUCUUUGAUGCUAAAUGGAACCGAGAAGCAAAAUGUCAGCAAACUGAAAUCAAGUUAAAUUAAUAGAGCAUUUAUAAAAUGAGAAAUCAGAAGGGAAAUAAAAUCCUUGAAUCAAAAAGAAGGUUUAUUAGGCUUUUUAUGACAGUAAAACAAGUCAGAUCUUUUAAAGCCUGUGUGAAUGGAGAAUUAAGAUGAUUCAUUGCAAAUGCAAAAACUCAGAUUUCAGAGAAUACAUAAACAGAUUCUCAGUGAGUUACUUUUCUCUCAGGCUGCAUGGGACUCCCCAGCAUUUAUCCACUUGAUCCAAGGUGAAGGUGCUAGGGAGGAGGUCAGCCCCUUUGGAGAGGCUCUGGGGGAGCAGUUUGGUGUGAAAAACAAACAAUUUGCAUGGCAAGAGAUGGUGGCAGUGUUGGAAUACUGCAAAAUUUGUACCAGGUGUGUUGAGCAAAUGCUUACACUAGAACUGAAAGAACACUGUAUGUGUGUUUAUCAAGACCUAUUGAAUCAAUAUGACACUGAAAGUGACAGUUACCUGGAUCGCAUCUAUCUGAGGCAGAUAAGGAAUGACUCAAAUCAACACGGGACAAUCAACAUCACUUUGUGGACAAUUUUACAUUUGAAAGCAUAUCCUUAAGAAUUUUUUGCCUUCGAAUGGGAGGGCCCAGGAUUGUUCAUUGGCUGAAGGCUUGGUCCUGCAACAAAUGGUUCCAGCUUGAUACAGGAGACUUGGAGAUGAUACCACUGUAUCCUGUGAAGACAAGAUACGAGCUGGGGUCUUGCUGCUUCCCCAUAUCUGCUGAUAUAAAUUUCCAAGGCCUGGAGGACAGGAGCAAAGGAGUUCCUGCUGAGAUCCUUGAAGUCAGAAUCUAUCACUCCAAAAGAGCUGGCUUGACCAUUUUGGAUUAUAAGUAAGAGUUUGUACUGUUGUCUUUAGUCGUCAACUGACCAACACAACCUUGUAUGACCCACCACUACUGGAGAUCAGCACCUGACACCAAGAUGCUGCUGGAUCAAGGAGUGGUGAACCGCUUUGCUUUGCUGUGUUUGUAUAUCUGUCUGUCUGUCUCUAUUUCCCCAGUUUUUAUUUUUUUAUCUUCUUUUAUUCUUUUACUCUCUGUAGUAGCCGUUGCCUAAUAUUGUCUUACCUGUAACACUUAUUAAUCAUAACUAGCAAAUUAGCCAAUUUUACCUACAAGUAGAGUAUUAGUUGCUUUUAAGAAAACUCUCAGCAUAUUGAUUUGUACUAUUCCUCUGAGUCUUGGAUAACUCCAUCACAGUAGCAAAGGCUUCCACAUGGAGAGGUGACGUGAAUUCCUCACGGAAGACAAAGUUCAAGAUGCAGCCCUCAGUGGGUAAAAUGAUGUAUGCUGAUGUGCACUGUCUGCUGGGAUAGAAAUAGGGUGAUCCUUAUAGAUUUCCUGGAACCUGGACAAACUAUCAACUCUGACUGCUAUAUUGUCAUGCUGAUUAGCUAAAGGCUUCCAGAGUCAGGCCAGAGAAGAAGAUAAUCUUCCUCUUUUAAACACAAUAGCACCAAACCCCAUACUGGUUUGAAGACUGUGGAAUAUGCUACCAGUGUUGGCUGGACUGUUCUACCAUAUCCACUACGCUGUUCAGAUUUGGAGCCUUCUUCUAGAUAUUUUGGCCAAUAGAAGACAGAUUGUAACAUUAUCCUCGCAAUGACCUUCAUAAAAGCUGUGAAACAGUGGGUCACCUCCACUGGUUCAGAUUUUUAUGAGCACAGCAUGCAGGCUCCUGGUUCUCGCUAGCAAAAAUGCAUAGCUAAUGUUGGUAUCUAUGUUGAAAAAUAGUGUUUUGCAGCUGAGAAUUUUCUCCAUUACAUAAUGUUAUUGAGCUUUUGUAGCUGUUGUCGUUUCCAUGGAAAUAAAUAGGAGGCAUUACUUUUGGAGUAGUCUAUGUAUAUUCUUGAUCCUUGGACAUUCAUUUCUUUUACAACGCUUCCAGAAGAAACCUGUUAUUUUCCAGUAGCAGGAUAGUGGUUACAGUGCUCGUUCAGGAAGGUGCAAAAUAGCAACUGUGACAUUUGGGAAACUUGGAAGGUUUGUGCUUAUCUUAUGAAAUUCCAUUCAUUGGUAAGCAGGAACUGAAUGAUUUUUCAGCAAUAGCAUUUUGGAUUUAGGAAAUACAUUCUCUCUAAGGCCUCCUUAAAGGGCCUGAGACUUUUAUUGGGCUCUAAAAAUUUCUGCUACCUUUCUAGCUAUGAAAUAAAACCAAAAAUAGGGUCUGGCAGUGUUUCGUAUACCUUUUUUCUUAAAACUGAGUUAUUCAGUUAAGGUAUGCUUCCCGUUGCAAGUCUCCAUAAUAUGUUAAAUGAUAGUGCCAUAGGACCACUAAAACCAUUGUGGAUUCUAGUAAAAAUGGUUAAUACUAAUACUAUUUGACUACAGCCACAAAGAGAGUAUUUUCCAGUUUCCUCUUUAGCUAAAAAAAGUCUGCUCUUAUUUAUGGAUUUAUCCAUUCAGUUGGGUACAUUUGUUUCCUGUAGCAAUAUUAUUAGAGAAUGAAAGAAUAUUGCUUGCUGUUGUGAUAAUUCUGCAUUUUCUUUGAUGCUUGAUAAGAAUUUUUUUCCUUAUUAACCUCUGGGGCAGGAAGACAGAUUCAUGCUGUCAGUAAAACAGUGACAAGAUUUGGCUCAGAAUUUCCUUUUUUCUACUCUCUUUCAAAAACUAAAAUUAAAAGCAAAAUAAGAAAAAUCUUUAAUCCAUCAAUAUAGAUUUCACAAAACAUAGAAUGCAUGCCAUAUUGGUUGUAGGCAGAGAAGAAAGAUAACAUUUCAGUUGUUUUUUUUUUUUUUUUUUAAUACAACUUACUACUAUGAUGUAACUUCAGUUUUCAAUCUUGAAUGGGUCAGUAAGGAACUCCCAAGUGAUGGAAUAACAGUGAUAUGUGAAGAAUAAAGAAAUGUUUUAGUGUAAGAAAAAAUGUGUUAUGUGGCAGGAUUGAAGCCAUCAAUUUGAAAUUUAUAUACACAGUGUCCAAUCCAAACUGUCUCUCUAAACUGUAUCUGUAACAUCCCUUCCUUCAGCAAGGAAGACAUGUCAUUACAACCAAUGUGACCACCAUCACGGCUAUUGAAGGUAAAUGUAUCUGUCCAGCAGCAUGUCAAUAAAAAGCCAGAUGGAGAAAUAAAAACUCUGUCAGAUCAUCAUAUUAAACAUUAAAGCUAAAA